CUGGUGCCUGACAAGGGCGGUGGCGGUGGCGGCGGCGGUACGACGCCGAUUCCGGACAAGCAGCACAGCGAGGAGGACCCGACGCAGCUGAUCCUGCUGUCGCUGGCCAUCUUCACCGCCCUGUCGGUCGUCCUCUCGCUCGUGGUCUACGGCGCCUUCAAGUACAAGAAGAAGAUCGCGGCCAGCAUCAAAUGCGGCCACAUCUGGCACCGCCUCAAGUUUACGGGGCGGCCGUUCCAGGACGAAGUGGAGCUGGUGGGCGUGGAGACCAACCGCCGAUUUUCGCUGCUCAGCAAUGACGAAGAGGACAACGGCGACAACACCCUCGAUGACGACGAUGAAGUGGCGGUGGACGACCGGUCCCUUACGGAACGAUAG